UAAAUCUCUCUUAUAUUCUAAGAACACUGUAAACAUACACAUAACCUAACUAUUUGUGUAACCUCUUACUGUGUUUUAUAGUUUAUAUUAAUAUUAAAAAUGCCUCUUCCUCCAGCAUUAUUGGCCAAACUUUCCAAAAGGGGUAUAAUUACUCCUAAAAAACAACCAGAGAAAGUAAAAAAGCAGGACUUUAAAGGAUUAUCUUCUUGCCCCAAUAAAAAUAACAUAUACCAUGAUUGUAAUUUCUGGUGUGAAACGCAUUGGAAAGGAGUUGCAACUCCAGAUCCAAAGUAUGUUCGAAACAUACAGAAACUUUUGGCAAAAUAUCCAUUGCCCAGUAACUGGACUGAAAUUUUUGAUAAAGGAGUUGGUAGGUACUAUUAUUGGAAUAUGGAAAACGACUUGGUCUCUUGGUUACCACCAAAGCAUCCUAAGGCUGUUAAAACCGUAAGUGCAGCAAAGCUUCGCGAAAAACGCAUGAAACAAAGCUUGGAUUUAGAAGAAAAAAGGGAUAAAGAUAGAAACAAUGAACGCGACAGGGAAAGAGACAGAUCUCGGUCUAGAGAUUCUGACAAAGAUUCGGAUGAUGAAAGAAAUUACAGGUCUAGGCAUAGUGAUAGAAGAGAUAGGGAUAGGGACCGGGAGGACCGAUACAGAAGAGAUGAUAGACAUAGAAGGAAGUCAAGAAAAGAUGACAUUGAUCCUAUGGAUCCAGCAGCAUAUUCAGACAUUCCUGUGGGUACAUGGAGUGAUGGUUUAGAAAAUAAUAAAGGUAGAGCUGAUAAUACUGCUUCUGGAGUGUUGUAUCAGCAAAGGCCCUAUCCAGCACCAGGUGAUGUCUUGGCCAGUAAUAAGGAAAAAUCUAAAAAGAAAUGAAUAUGACAUUCUCUAACCAUUACUUUUUGACUUAAUAUAAAUAUUUAAAAAAUCAAUUGAUUUUAACUCAAAAUUACCUUA